AGAGGGUGAUUCGGCAACGGGACAGCGCGGCAGCUGCUCUUCAAAGAGGAGCCGCGAGUUUUCGCCCCCGUGGUCGCCGCCAUGAGUCGCAGCUAUAACGAUGAGCUGCAGUUCUUGGACAAGAUCAAUAAAAACUGCUGGAGAAUCAAGAAGGGCUUCGUGCCCAACAUGCAGGUUGAAGGAGUUUUCUAUGUGAAUGAUGCUCUGGAAAAAUUAAUGUUUGAGGAAUUAAGGAACGCCUGUCGAGGUGGUGGUGUUGGCGGCUUCCUGCCAGCCAUGAAACAAAUUGGGAAUGUGGCAGCCCUGCCUGGGAUCGUUCAUCGAUCUAUUGGGCUUCCUGAUGUCCAUUCAGGUUACGGGUUUGCUAUUGGGAAUAUGGCAGCCUUUGAUAUGAAUGACCCCGAAGCAGUGGUAUCCCCAGGUGGCGUGGGAUUUGACAUCAAUUGUGGUGUCCGCUUGCUAAGAACCAAUUUAGAUGAAAGUGAUGUCCAGCCUGUGAAGGAGCAGCUUGCCCAAGCUAUGUUUGACCACAUUCCUGUUGGAGUGGGUUCAAAAGGUGUCAUCCCAAUGAAUGCCAAAGACCUGGAGGAGGCUUUGGAGAUGGGUGUGGACUGGUCCCUAAGAGAAGGCUAUGCCUGGGCGGAAGACAAGGAGCACUGUGAGGAGUAUGGAAGGAUGCUGCAAGCUGACCCCAAUAAGGUCUCUGCGAGGGCUAAAAAAAGAGGUCUUCCUCAGUUGGGGACCCUGGGAGCAGGCAACCACUAUGCAGAAAUCCAGGUUGUGGAUGAGAUUUUCAAUGAGUACGCUGCUAAGAAAAUGGGCAUCGACCAUAAGGGACAAGUGUGUGUGAUGAUCCACAGUGGAAGCAGAGGAUUGGGCCACCAAGUAGCCACAGAUGCACUGGUAGCUAUGGAAAAAGCCAUGAAGAGAGACAAGAUUAUAGUCAAUGACCGUCAGCUGGCUUGUGCUCGAAUCGCCUCCCCAGAGGGUCAGGACUACCUGAAGGGAAUGGCAGCGGCUGGGAACUAUGCCUGGGUCAACCGCUCCUCCAUGACCUUCUUAACCCGUCAGGCUUUUGCCAAAGUCUUCAACACAACCCCCGAUGACUUGGACCUACACGUGAUCUACGAUGUCUCUCACAACAUUGCCAAAGUCGAACAGCAUGUAGUGGACGGAAAGGAGCGGACACUGUUGGUGCACAGGAAGGGAUCCACCCGGGCUUUCCCUCCCCACCAUCCCCUCAUUGCUGUUGAUUACCAACUCACGGGACAGCCAGUGCUCAUUGGUGGCACCAUGGGAACCUGUAGUUAUGUUCUGACUGGCACUGAACAGGGCAUGACUGAGACCUUUGGAACAACCUGUCAUGGAGCGGGCCGUGCAUUGUCCAGAGCAAAAUCUCGACGUAAUUUAGAUUUCCAGGAUGUGUUAGACAAAUUGGCAGAUAUGGGAAUUGCAAUCCGUGUUGCCUCACCCAAACUAGUUAUGGAAGAGGCUCCUGAGUCCUAUAAGAACGUGACCGAUGUGGUGAACACCUGCCAUGAUGCUGGCAUCAGCAAGAAGGCCAUUAAACUGAGGCCGAUUGCUGUUAUCAAGGGAUAGAACUCUGGCCACGGCCCCCCGACACCACUGGCGUCGCUGAAGUGGAAGUGGACUGACGCACUCUUCGACAUCAGACUUAAGAGACCUCCGGGUUCCAGCGUGCAGCUGUAACUGCCCGUUCCCACAUGGCCAACUGGGAGGCUGCCGCUUCAGGAGCCAGUGUUUAAAAUAGCCUUCCGGGGGGGCACAUUGCCCCCUCCCUGACUGUCCCACAGAUUUUUAGGAAAAUCUAUUAGGAAGUGGGGAUAGGUUAAAAAACUGCCUUACUCAGUCAUAAAGUCUUUAAUCAUCAGAAUAAACUUCUCUACACCAAGCUCUGUUUACAUCCUGAGAGAUGUCAUGGAGAGUAUUUUAUUAAAUAGGAAAGUUUUGGAAUGUUUUCCUUUCUGCCCUCCUUUUGUCACUUUGUCCAUUCAUCCGCCCAUCUACCCCCGGGCCCUUCACUGGGCAAAACCCUAAUACCACUCUUUCUUGGAGAGUCCCCCCGGGGUCACAUCAGGAUAUCAGAUGAAUGGAUAAUGGAACACACUGAGGAGGGGAUGUGUGUGGAGCUGUAGGAAUAGGGACGCAAAAGAGAAAAUAAUUUUUCAUAGACUUGCUGCCUUUCUCAGUCCAAGGCAGAGUUUUGACUUACCUGCAGAAUGGCAUCAGUUGGUAUCUGUCACUAAUUAGGCCUGGUCUUGCAAACUUUCCUUGAACAAUAACUUAGCAGCAGCAGAGAACUCUCACAUAAUACUAAAUAUCUCUUCAUUUGUUAUCGAAUUAUUAUAAAAGCAUUAAAUGACCACAGCUGUGACAUUAACGGUUGCUCUGUGUUGACAGGAAUGACUAGUCUUGUGCCACUAAUGAGAUUUCACAUUAUGUACUGUGACACCUCGAAGAUGUUAAAGUUAGAGAUUAUUAAGGCCUUGGUUGAGUGCAAACAGCCGGUAAAAUAGAAAAAUCUAAUAAAGUUGCAAUAUGUUGUUUAUAUUUUGUGCUUAGUAUUAUGUAGCUUAGGACAAUGAGUAUUUGUACUUGAUCCACUUUGGACAGUGUUGCUGUUUUCUGAUUUUCUCCCAGGUUGCUUUCAGAAACUCGCCCUAAGAAAAUAUUCUGUCCUAAAACUUCAACUUAAAAUACAAACCCCCACUAGAGUUUCUGUAGAUGCUGUGCGGAAGGCUGGAGAAAAGCAGACUUCCUCCAACAAUGUCUGAUGUGAAAUGGCACAGCCCGUCUGCACUCAGAGCACUCGGUAACGUCAAUAGAGAAGUUAGAGACCUUCAUGCAGUGAGGACAGAAGCCUUCAGACUGGGCCACUGACUGUUGUGUGCGGGUGACCUAAGGGUGCAAGUUACCAGUGAAGGCUGGGGGCAAUUACAGAUGGGAAACAGGCUUCUGGCAGGUGCUUAGAUUCUCUGGAGAGGAGUGUCUGUGUAGACUCCCUCUAACUGGGCCUGCCUAAUGGCAUGUCAUCUGCAACUAAUUCAGAGCAAGAUCCACUCCCAAAACUAACUGAUGUUAGUGCAAGAAAUGUAGUGGGUCAUCUUAAAUACGUACGUUGAAUUUUAUUAGAUGCUUUGAAAGUUACUCUUCAGGGAAGUGAGGGGAGCAGGUGAGGAGGAGAAAAGAAGAAUGGUUUAUGCAGUGACCUCUGCUUUAGAAGCUUUUGUUAUACGGAGCAUUCCCAGCAAACUUGACCAUAUUAAUGACCAUAGAAAGUAAUGGUUAAUAUUUUGAGUUCAAAAAGAAAGGUACAAACAUUGUUUUCCUUGUUCUAAAGAUGUUAUUUUCCCAUUUGAGGCAAAAAAGCCACUUAAAAAUAAACGUUCGAAUGAAGCUGUA